AGUAUAAUAUAAUAAUCUCCAUAUCUCUCCACACUACAAAAAAACCAAACGAAAGACAUUCUUUUCUUUACAGAAAAUUAAGAGACAAGAGAAUAAAUUAUGGGUAUGGGUAAUAGUGAUGAAGCUUUGGUAGUGUGCAGCAACAAGAGCUCGGCAACAGGGAUGAGUAUAAUGGACAUGAGCACAGGGGAACAACUCCUUCACAUACCAACUUGUGCUUCUCCUCCUCAUGGCUUGUGCUGCUUGAGAAAUCACUUCCUUUUUGCUUCUCAGAUUCAUAGGCAUGGCUCCGUUGGAGGAGGAGCCAUCUUCAUGUGGCACUUAAACAAGCCUCAACCACCUCUUAGAAGCUAUCCAUUGGAAGCCAUUGGACCACUUUCUUGCACAAAAGAUGGUGUAUAUCUUUCAGGUGGAGCUCUAUCUGGAAAUGCUUAUAUAUGGGAGGUUUGUAGUGGAAAACUGCUUAAGACUUGGCGAGCACAUCAUCGAUCUUUGACAUGUAUGUUGUUUUCUGAUGAUGGGUCUCUUUUCGUUUCUGGUUCAGAGGAUGGCAUCAUAUGUGUUUGGUCUAUGAUUAGUUUGCUAGAUGUGGAAGAUUUAAGCUCAAGUUCAAUAUUGCAUUUCACUUUGGAGCAUAGUUCUUCACCUAUAACAGGUCUGUCAAGUACAUCAUCAGUCAGCUCAAGUUCAGGUUUAGUAUCAAGCUCCAAAGAUGGCACAUGCAAGGUGUCAGAUUUAGUGUUGGGAAGGAUCACAAGAACUAUUAUUUAUCCACAAUCGAUAACUGAGAUAGUUGUUCACCCAACUGGGCAGAUUCUAAUAUGUGGAACUGUACAUGGAACAAUUUUCAUCAAUAACCUCCAUUUUGAAGAUCAACUAGUAGAGCUACAAGGACACAAUGGGGCAGUAACUGCAUUGACCUUCAGUCAAUCAAGUUUGGUAUCUGCAUCUGAGGAUUGCACCAUCUGCAUAUGGGAUAUCACUACAUGGAAAAUCAAACAAAAAUUCAACUACCAAAAAGGAGCAGUAACCAACUUGGUUGUAAUACACCAGUCUUGGCUACUUCCAAUGGCGAAUAAUAACCGAAAAUCGAUGAACUCAUUUCGGGUUUCAUCUUCACUAGACAAGUAUCCUCAGCAUCAGAAAUUUUCCAAGGAAACAAUCACUCUUAUUCCCAACUCAUCAUCAUCAUCAAGUUUUCAAAGCAUCAGUACUGGUUCAUGCCAACAAAUACUCAAGUUGCAGCAAUCACAGAAAGAGUUGACACCAGAAGCAGCAGCAGCAGCCAUGCAAAUGGAAGUGGAAAAAUGUAUGAAGAAUAGGAUUUGGGCAUUGAAGAUGACAAAGCAUGUUAUGGAGAUGAAUAGGCAUUUACAAUCACGUUUACUUGACUUAAUGCAGAUUAGGUUCUUAAGCUGUAGAGAAAGAAGAAAUCAUAAGCUUUUUCUUGAUCAGAGUACUUCUUCUAACAAUAACAAUGGAUCACCAUCACAAGAUCAUGACCACCAUCAAUAAUCAGAGUUAUAUAUAUGUAUAAUUUUUGGAACAAAGAUUGUAUAUGGUUUAUUACUUACAUAGUAGCAGCCAUGAAUAUGAUGGAAAUUAAGGUUCAUUUCUGUGUUUGUUACUAGUUACUUCAUAAUUAGUAAUGAGGCAUUUUAUUUUUUAUAAUUACUCCAGAAAUUAAGACAUUUUCAUAUGAUCAUUUACCAAAA